AUGGCCGACUUCGCCAGCUUCGUCAAGGAUUCGCGAGAGAAGAAGAAGCACGAGAACCUUGCGCAGCAGUUCCUUGGCUCUCGAGGCCGCACAGCAACACCGACAUCUGGUGCCGGCGCAAAGUCACGACAGAAUUUAGAAAAACCCACACUACUGAGUCGCAUAAGCGGCGGCGCUGGUGUUCAGAAGAGCCGCUCUUCGUCAGCGAAGCCUUCUGGCAACAUCGAAGCAAAAUGGCAACAUGAUCUUCAUAAGGUCAAUAACCCCAACGGACCUCCUGCAAGAGCUGCGGAGCUUGGUCGCACCGCUUCUGCCUCGCAAAUCGACCGCAACAGCCGCACGUAUGACAAGUUCGCUUCGGUCUUGAACAAGAACUUGAACGGCCGCAGCGACAGUGCGCCAGGUUUCAGCAUUCGAGGUGUUGCGAGUACCGGCCCUUUCACCGUCAUUGCAAGUAACUUUGCGCCCGGAACAACGGCUCAGGACAUCGAGGCUGUCAUGGCACCCCAUGGAGGAGAGUGCCUUGGCUGCAAGAUACUCACUGCGUCUCCUACCGUCAUGGUGGAGCUCUCGUUUACAUCAAGAGAAGGCGCCGAGAACGUCAUUGCAACAUUCAACAGUCAGAAGGCUGACGGAAGAACCCUCUAUGUCUAUAUGAAGGAAAUACCAUCGAGCAACGCCCUUGCCCACUCUCGACCACCGCCUGCCCGCGCUACACAAGCUCUCGACGAUGUGGUAGUCGAUGGUGCUCGGGGCGGAAGUUACCAGGAUGGGAGAUACGGUUUCAGCGAAGGCGGUCACCGCGACCCACCACGAGGACCCCGCAGACGCUACUAG